AUGGCGUCUACUCAAAGGGCGUUCGCACAAAAAUUAUCGAAGCAACACGCGGCCGAUGUCCGUCGAACGAUAUCAUGCACGAAAUCCGGAUUAAUAUCCCCUUCCUCAUCGGGUUGGAUGAGCGAGGUGGUGGAGCCUCUCGAAUUCGAAGACUUCCUACAGAGCUACCAAAAUUUAAUCGACAGGGAUCCGCUGAGGUCCAUUCUGGAUAUACCCCAGGGGGACGUCGAAGUUGAAAUAAUAGAUCGGCCUAUCAGGACAAUCAGACCCAUUUUACCCGAAGAAAAAAUAGAGGUACUACCGCCUCACGUCCAAACCUGCAUCGAGUGCUACAAAGCUUGUUGGAAAGUUGUUAGAUACAACAACCGGGGGUACAGCAGCAGUGUUUCCAGCAGGUCGAAUUUGUGCAAAGAAUUGCCCCCUACCCCUAAGCAGGAAUUCGAAGUCGAUUUUCAAGUAGCUCCUUCUGAUUGUAACAGCGAAUCAGACUUGGGAUCUCACAGCAGUGGCAGGCAAAGCGUCGUGUCCAUAGCCUCUGUAUCAUCUUGCGGUGACACCCUUACCCCCAGGAAUUCCUGGGCCUCUUUGGAUUUGAGACAUUCAGCCGGCGAUCCUCUUAUCCCGGAAAUACUGGAGCAUUCCAUGCCUGAAGCACUGGACCAACUGAACGAGACCAGAAGACAGAUCGAAAGGCAAGACACCCUGUUUACUCUAGUAGGAGAAGGCCAGAACGAGAACGAUUCAGUGGAAAAAAGACUGCCUGCUAUUGCUCCAUACGAACACAUCGGACAUCGAGUGCUGGUGAAGGGACAACAACUCACUUUGGAUAUUGAAGUUGAGCCCCUCUUCGCCUCGAUGGCCCUCUACGAUUGCAAAGAACGCAAGAAGGUAUCCGAAACGUUUUACUUCGAUUUGAAUCCGGAAGGUUUGAAGCGCAUGUUGGGAGGACACGUGCCCUAUGCAGAUACUAGUUCGUUGGCUAGAGGUUGCAUUUUCAACAUAACCCAUCCCUCGCCCGAUUUGUUCAUCGUAAUUAGGCUAGAAAAGGUGCUACAGGGCGACAUCAGCGAAUGCGUAGAGCCCUAUCUGAAAGAGGACAAGAAUAGAGACAAAUUGAAAUCAAUCGCUGUGUCAGUAUGCGAAAGAUUGGGGAAGUACAGACAAGCCUUUGCUUGGACUGCAAUUAAUUUAGUGAAUGUAAUUAACGGAGGCAAUUCUAUGGAAAGGGAUUUUGAUAGGGAUUCCACGGGGGGUGGAUCGAAUACGAACAGUUUGGAUCGAAAAUCUUCGGCUAGCGGUUUGGAGCAACUGAGACGUCGGGCUACCGAUAUGGGCACUUUAACACGAAGGGGUUCGUUGGAAAGGCAAAACAAGAGGAGAUCCUGGUCUCCUGAUCACUUGGCUAAUAACAUAGACACGUUCAGACCGAUAACGUUGACGAUGUCAUCGUUUUUCAAGCAGGAAAGCGACAAAUUGAAAGACGACGAUUUGUACAAGAGCUUGCAGGAAUUGAAAAGACCAACGUUGGUUUUGAAGAAAUUGAAAUGUAUACCGGCCACGUUAAAAUUGGAAAUAUCGCCUUGUCCACCUGAAAUAAGAAAUUGCCUUACUCCCGAAUUGGUGAAGCUGCGCCCGUUUCCGGACGACAAAUGCAGACCGGUGAAAGAACUGCUCGAGUUUCCCAUCAAGGAGAUCCUCGUGCCGCAUUACAACUACAGGAACCUCCUGUUCGUGUCCCCGAAGGAUCUCAAUUUUUCGAACAGAACGGGCUCCGCCAGAAAUCUCGCCGUGCGGAUACAACUGAUGGCUGGUGAAGAAGAGAAAAACGCCUUGCACAACAUUUUCGGCAAAUCUAGCUGUCCCGAAAUGCUGAGCGAAGCUUACUCGUCCGUUACCUAUCACUGCAAAAACCCAGUAUUCUACGAUGAGAUAAAAAUCAAGCUACCGGCAGCGUUGGCCGAUAACCAUCAUUUGUUGUUCACUUUCUAUCACAUUUCGUGCCAGAAGAAAAUGGAACAGAACACCGUCGAUAGUCCCGUCGGGUACACUUGGUUACCAUUGUUAAGAGACGGGCGGUUAAUAUCGGGCGAAUUUUCAUUGCCCAUUAUGCUGGAACCGCCUCCAAGGAACUACAGUUACAUCCCUCCGGACGUGUAUUUGCCCGGUACUAAAUGGCUGGAUAACCACAAGGGAUUGUUCACUGUUACGUUGGACACGGCCUCAUCGAUACACACGCACGAUCCGGCGAUCGAACGGUUUUUCGCCGCUUACGAUUUUGUUCGUACUGGUAUUAUACCGCAGAGAUUAAGAGUGGUUGGGUCUGAAAACGAAUUUAGAUCUGCUAUAUUGGGAUUAUCUGGUGCCCAACCGGAGACAAUCGUCAGAUACUUGUCAGUAUUGUUCGAUAACAUCAUAGAGCUGCUGGUGCAACCGCCUCGGUUAACCUGCCAAUUAGCAGUCGGAAACAUCUGUUUCGAAGCCAUGUGCUCCCUGCUCGACAACAUAUCCAACGUCCAAGAGCUGCCGGUCGAUCAGCACGGCAGAAACCAACUGCUGGCCACCUACGUGCAGUUCCAGUGCAACAUGCCGCAUCCGCUGUACAACCACGGCUCUGCCGACUACGAAACCUCCUUGCAAAUGGCCCGGAGCUCAUCCAAUCCCGACCUCGAAGUGGCCCACGUGCAGUAUUCGCGAGGCUUGGACCGGGCGGCGAGCAUGCGCGUCCAAACCAACGAUCCCAUGAGCGCCGGCUCGUCGGCCUGCCAACGGAUCGUUCAUCAGGAACUCGCCGUGCACUGGAUGGUGUCGAGCGGACGUUGCAAGGACUUGGCCAUGCAGAACGCUUGGUUCUUGUUCGAGCUCAUCGUUAAAAGUAUGGUGGAGCAUCUGGCCCACACGAGAUCGUUAGACGCCCCGAGGAAAAUCCGAUUCUCCGAACAAUUUCUCGACGACAUCUCCACGCUGGUCCACAACGUCACGUUCGAAAUCAUAUCGCACGCGACCGGCGAAACGCGCAAAGCGCACAAACUGAACGCCGCCCUGGCCUUUUUCUUCUUCGAUUUGCUGUCGAUAGCGGACCGCGGCUGGACGUUCCAGCUGCUCCGGUCGUACAACAAGCAGCUGCAGGCGAAGAUCGCCUCCAUGCAGGACUCGAUCCUGGUCGAAUUGAAGCUGGAAUUCGCGCGGAUCGUCUGUAGCCACGAGCACUACGUGGCGUUGAAUCUGCCGUUCGCGUCGCCGUUCAUGUCGACCGAUACGAACGUGUCGCCGUCGCCGAGCGUGACCAGCUCGACCAGCCAGAAUUCGUUUCUGUCGGGGGCGCCGCCCAGCCAGGAGCGGGCCAGCACCUUCGCCGAGCUGUCGUUCGAGUACAGGCAGCACCAUUUCCUCUCCGGCAUCGUCCUGGCCGAUUUGGCCACCGUUUUGCUCGAAAUGCAUCAGGUGUCGCUCCACAGCAAAGCGGUGGAUACAUUGAAGCAGCUGCUGUCUUGGCACGAUUCGGAUCCUCGGUAUUCUUCCAUCGAGGCGAGACAGCGCGUGGCCGCCCUGUAUUUACCCCUGUUGUCGAUUGCGAUGGACGCGUUGCCGCUUCUGCACCGCUUCAGCGCCGACAAAACGCAAUUCGCCAACGAAGACGCGGCCCCCGGGAACAUCAAUCAAACGGUCGCCAUGGCAAUAGCCGGGAAAUUGCCGCCGAGCACCGUGGAUAAUUUUCACACGCUCCAGAGUAGGAAACUUGGCUUAUCCGGCGACGUCACGCGCAACCUUCUCACCUGCGUCCUUUGGUUGCUCAAAAACAUCGACAGGGACUCGCUGUCGCAAUGGCUGGGCGAAUUGUCCUCCACCCGCUUGGCGACGCUGUUGCACCUUUUGGACGUGUGCACCAGCUGCUUCGAGUACAGGCCGAAGAGGCGAGCGCCCCCGUCGUCGGGGUACGCGCACGCGCAAACCACGCAGGACAUGAGGUCCCGAUUGGAGGACGUCAUUUUGGGACAAGGAUCCGCCAGGGAGAUGAUGCAAAGGAGGAAAGGCGGAGCUGCGCAGACGCAAGAGAAGGUCCGUUGGCGUAAAGAGCAACUCUACCGGCCCGUUUCGGAUUUCGUGGAUCGGCCGAAGGACGAUUAUUUGAGCGACGGGCAUUUGGAGGGUCACUUGGCGACCGAGGCGUCUUUUAUCGUUCUGGAUACGCUGGAAAGGUGCGUCGCGACGAUUUCCCAGUGGGACGCGCAGCAGCAUUUGGUCGGAUUGGCUCUGUCGGUGUUGUUGCACGCUUUGGGGAAGAAUCAGAGUACUACGGUGUUGCCGCAUAUGUUCGCUUCUCAAAGAAGUUUGGUGUUUAAGUUUCACAGCGCUUUAUUUGACGAAGAAAGCUCACAUUGCGCUGAUUUGUGCUUACUGUUACUGAAGCAUUGCGGUUCUCAGAUAGCUUCGGUUCGUUCCCAAGCUGCAGCUUCGCUGUAUUUGCUAAUGAGGCAGACGUUCCAGAUCGGUAAUAAUUUCGCCAGAGUGAAGAUGCAAGUGACCAUGUCCCUCAGCAGUCUGGUGGGCACCUCGGCCUCCUUCAGCGACGACUCCCUGCGUCGCUCGCUAAAAACCAUCCUAGAAUACGGAGAAAGGGACGCCGAACUGCAAGACACCACGUUCCCCGAGCAGGUCAGAGACCUCGUCUUCAACCUGCACAUGAUCCUCUCCGACACCGUCAAAAUGAAGGAGUUCCAAGAGGACCCCGAGAUGCUGCUGGACCUCAUGUACCGGAUCGCCAAGGGCUACCAGAACUCGCCGGACCUGCGGCUCACGUGGCUGGCCAACAUGGCGCAGAAGCACAUGGAGCGCGGCAAUCACACCGAGGCCGGCAUGUGCCUGGUGCACUCGGCGGCUUUGGUGGCCGAAUACCUGGCCAUGUUGGAGUCGCUGCCGCAUUUGCCGGCCGGCGCGGCCGCUUUGGAGCGGGUGAGUCCCAACGUGCUGGAGGAGAGCGCCGUUUCGGACGACGUGCUCAGCCCGGAGAAGGAAGGGGGGUGUCUGGGUUCGCAUUUCACCGAGGCCGGGUUGCUGGGGUUGCUCGAACAGGCCGCGAGUAGCUUCAACGUGGCCGCCAUGUACGAGCCCAUGAACGAUAUCUACAGGGUGUUGAUACCGAUCGCUGAGAAUAACAGGGAUUUUAAGAAGUUGGCUAACAUUCACGGGAAACUUCAUGAGGCUUACACGAGAAUAGAUCAAUUGUCCGGUAAAAGAAUGUUUGGUACGUACUUUAGAGUCGGUUUUUACGGUUCCAAAUUCGGGGAUUUGGAUAGAGAAGAAUUUAUUUACAAAGAACCGACUCUUACGAAAUUGCCGGAAAUUUUUAGCAGAUUAGAGAACUUUUAUACCGAAAGAUUUGGCGCUGAAAACGUUAUAAUAAUAAAAGAUUCCAAUAUAGUCGAUGUAAAGUCGCUGGAUUGCGAAAAAGCUUACAUUCAAAUAACUUAUGUAGAGCCAUAUUUUGAGCAAUACGAACUUCGCUACCGACAAACCCACUUCGAUAAGAAUUUCAAUAUCAAGAGAUUCGUGUACGCAACACCUUUCACAAUGACGGGUAAAGCCCACGGAGAAUUGAAGGAACAGUACAAAAGGAAAACCAUACUUACUACAGCCGUGCAUUUUCCUUACGUAAAGACUAGAAUUCAAGUUGUGGCUAGAACUCAAAUAACCCUUACGCCUAUUGAGGUGGCAAUUGAAGAUAUCCAAAAGAAAACGUUGGAAUUGGCCACUGCAACUAAUCAAGAACCACCGGAUCCAAAAAUAUUGCAGAUGGUGCUCCAAGGUUGCAUCGGCACCACGGUGAAUCAGGGUCCUUUAGAAAUGGCCUCGACGUUUCUGCCAACGGACAGUAAAGCGCUUACCAGACAUCAGAAUAAAUUGCGACUGUGCUUUAAGGAUUUCUCCAAGAAGUGUCACGAUGCUUUGAAGAAAAAUAAGAACUUGAUAGGACCAGACCAAAGAGAUUACCAAAGAGAGUUAGAUAGAAACUACAAAAGGUUUAUCGACAAAUUGCAACCGUUGGUUAAUUCGCAAUCUAUUACCAUUAUUAACUCGAGCCCACAUAAAUAUUCACAUGGUGAAAAUUCUCCAUUAAGAUGGUAA